ACCACUGCGCCACCAAGGAAGCCCCUGAAUGGCCUCUUUUUUGACUGUCCCUCUUUUUAUGACUGACCCUCUUCUUGGACCCUCAAACUCAUACUCCCACCCCCAUUCCCCAUGUACAUAUUCACUUGGGGGCAACCAAACUCCUCAUAGCUCCCUGGAAAGUCUGAAAUUGGGGGUGGCUGAAGUGGAGGGAAGAGGAGAGAGGAAAGGGUAAACACACCCAGUCCAGUACCCUUACAACAUCCAGGGCAGCACCCUUUCCUCCCGGCUUAGCCCACCCUGCACAGAGUUCUCACUGCCACACUCCCUCAUAGCACAGACCCCAUCUGAAUCUGGCCUCAUCAUGCCAGCAGACUGGAUCUCUUCCACGACACCCUAGAUUUAGCACCAGAAGUGGGAGAAAGGUGCCCAGGGAGAGGAGGUGCUGGAAAGGAAAGUUUACCCCCCAAAGAGGUGUUUUUGUUGUUGGUGGUUAGGAGAUCAGGAGGGGUGAGUCAGCUGGGGUUGGAUAUGGUGGGGAUGAGCCAAUAGGGGUAAAAGUGAGGGCCGUGUAUUUGAGGCAGGAAUUUGGGCAGGUGUUUAUGAGGACAGAAACAGGGAGUGAGAAGAACAGAAAUGGAGACAGACUGAGGGACAAAGGGAGGGUGAUCUAGAGCCUAGGCAGCAUCUGGCCCAACGGCGGAUCCAAGCAAACCCAGGGAGGAGCGCACCUCCUCAGGGAUACCGAUGGACGGCCAGGCCCCUUGCCGUCAAGCCUCUCGUAGUUAGACUUGUGGACUAAUAGUUAGAACCCAGUACGGCGGAGCUAUUGCAAAGGAGCAAAAUACUGCCCUGGGUCUGAGAGGACGCCCUGGGGGCAGUGACGCCUGAAUUGAGGUGGAGGCAAAGCCUGGAUCCGGCUGGCUUUGGAAGUCUGGACCGAAUAAUCCAGGGAACUGGAAGACCGCGUGUCACGUACUGUUCUCCGAGGAGAGUCCUCGGCCUCUUUAAGGAUGGGCGGGGCGGUAGCUGGCGGAAGUGCCGGAGGAAGGGGUGGGGCCAAGAGAGGCGCAGACGACCGAAGUUGGGGCCUGAGCAGCGCGUGGUCAUGUUGGCCAGUGGGGCUGUGGAUCCCGGGCUCCCGGCGGCUGCUGCCGCCCCCUCGCCCGUCCAGGCCCGACAGCCCGGGACGGGGCACUUGUUCCGGCCUAUUAGCGCUGAUGACGAGGAGCAGCAGCCUACCGAGAUCGAGUCGCUGUGCAUGAACUGCUACCGUAAUGGCAUGACGCGCCUCCUGCUCACCGAGAUCCCCUUCUUUAGAGAAAUAAUCGUGAGCUCCUUUUCCUGCGAGCACUGUGGCUGGAACAACACGGAGAUCCAGUCGGCAGGCAGGAUACAGGACCAGGGAGUGCGCUAUACUUUGACCGUCAGGGCCCAGGAGGACAUGAACAGAGAAGUAGUGAAGACUGACUUUGCCACCACAAGGAUCCCAGAGCUGGAUUUUGAAAUUCCUGCCUUCAGCCAGAAAGGAGCUCUGACUACUGUUGAAGGAUUGAUCAGCCGUGCUGUCUCUGGCCUGAAGCUGGAUCAGCCCUCACGAAGGGCGAAUGAAGAAGCCAUGGCUGAAAGAAUUGAUGAGUUCAUUGUCAAACUGAAGGAGCUAAAGCAAGUGGCCUCUCCUUUCACCCUGAUCAUUGAUGAUCCCUCAGGGAACAGCUUUGUGGAAAACCCACAUGCUCCCCGGAAAGAUGAUGCCCUGGUGAUCACACACUAUAAUCGGACUCUACAGCAGGAAGAGAUGCUGGGCCUCCAGGCAGAGGAACCAGAAGAGAAACCAGAAGAGGAAGAUCUCAGAAAUGAAGUGCUCCAGUUCAACACCAACUGCCCGGAAUGCAAUGCUCCGGCCCAGACCAACAUGAAGCUAGUUGAAAUUCCCCACUUUAAGGAGGUUAUCAUCAUGGCUACCAACUGCGAGAUCUGCGGCCAUCGGACCAAUGAGGUGAAGUCUGGAGGAGCAGUAGAGCCCUUGGGCACCAGGAUCACCUUCUACAUCACUGAUCCCUCAGAUAUGACUAGAGACCUGCUCAAGUCCGAGACAUGUAGUAUGGAAAUCCCAGAGCUGGAAUUUGAACUGGGAAUGGCUGUCCUCGGGGGCAAGUUCACCACACUGGAGGGGAUACUGAAAGACAUCCAGGAACUGGUGACCAAGAACCCUUUCACACUGGGCGACAGUUCCAGUCCUGGCCAGACAGAGAAACUGCAGGAGUUUAGCCAGAAGUUGAACCAGAUCAUUGAGGGUAACAUGAAGGCCCACUUUGUUAUGGAUGAUCCAGCAGGAAACAGCUACUUGCAGAACGUGUACGCACCGGAAGAUGAUCCUGAGAUGAAGGUGGAGCACUAUAAGCGCACAUUUGACCAAAACGAGGAACUGGGGUUCAAUGACAUGAAGACGGAGGGCUAUGAGACAGGUCUGGCUUCCCAGCAGUAGCCGUGGGCGGUUCCCGGCCAGCCUCCAGCGCUGCUCAGACCGCGGGGUUAUUUAUUGCUAUUGGAAAAGACUGGAGUGGCCUCCCCACCAGGCCUUGCCCAUGUGGGGAGGACACCUGGUCUGAGUCGGAGAUCUGAGCACAAUUUCUGAACAGUUUGUGACGGAAACGCAAGCCUCUUGGGUUACUUGACCUUGUUUUGGAGGAUUUGAAUUGGCCUGCAAAGAAACCCAGAAAUGAACCAUCAGGCAUGUCAUUGUCAUUUUUUUCCUAUAAAGUCUUUACCCUCCCUCCACACAAUGCUCUCUCAUGUCAAGUUGGAACUCUGAAGAGCUGGAGAAGGUGGAAGACAGCUACGUCUGGAGUUUGGAAGUUGGUUUGGGUGUAUAAAAUACUGACUCUCAACAGGAAGAGAGUCUUCUGAGGGGAGGGAGUCUAGGACAGGUGAAGAAGUUCUCAUUAAAAUGGUGGCUUUCAAACAGCA